AAUGAAUAUGUUCAAGAAACAUAUGAGUUCCAAAUAUUGUUGCAUGUCAAUUGCAUACCAUAAACCAGAUGUUGAUCCACCAAAAAUUCCACUGUGGGACAAUGUUGAAAUGACAUGCACCCCGUCAAUGUCAGCCCCUAGCUAUGUAGAAUCUAGCAAAGCAACUCAAUCUGGGACUGUUACAAAACCAGAUUAUGACAUGGUAGAGGACAACAAGUUUAUGAAUCCUGAACCACAGAAUGCAUAUGUGGGGGUUGAUGAGGAGGGUUUAUACAUUGACAUAGCACCUACUUCUCAUGCAAAUGUUGACACAAGUGAGAAAAAGGAUGAAGAUUAUGAUCCAGAUUCGAACUCUGAAUCUGAGUCUGACUCUGAGUCCGAUAUGGAUGCUGAGGUAGAUGAGAUUAUUAAAGAUACAUUGCCAUCUCACAUAUCUGAAGUUGCAUACAACAAAGAUGAUCCUCCUAUUGAAGUAGGGAGCAUCUAUCCAAAUAUGUUUGAAUUUAAGUUGGCUCUUGCAACACAUGCUAUCAAGAAUGAAUUUGAUUAUAACAUUGAAAAGAGUGAACCAGGGAAGUAUCGGGCAUACUGCACGGGCUAUGUAGAUGGUUGUAAGUGGAGGAUUCAUGUAUCACGUACAAUGAAAAAUCAAUCUACUGUCCAGGUCAAGAAGAACCCUUUUCCUCAUAGUUGUCAUAGUACCAGGAGGAGUGGGAAGGUCAAAGGUGCUACCAAGUUUUGGAUUUGUGAGAGGAUUAAGGAUUGGUUGGCUGAGGACAAAAAUAUUGGGCCUACAGAACUUCAAAAAAGACUUAAGGAGCAUUACAAAGUCAGCAUUAGUUACAAGAGAGUGUAUGAUGGCAAAUUACUUGCUAUGGAUGAGUUGUUUGGUAAUUGGAAACAAAGUUUUGACAACUUGUACAAGUUUAAGGCAAUGAUAGGACAAGAGUGCCCUGGCAGCUUUGUUGUUAUUGAUCAUCACACAAUAGAGGGCAAGAUCAGGUUCAAUAGGCUUUUUUUUGCAAUGGAAGCUUGUGUUCAAGGUUUCCUUAGAGGUUGCAGGCCUUAUUUGGCUGUUGAUAGUACAUUCUUGACUGGAAAAUUCAGAGGGCAGCUAUGCAUUGCUUGUGCAGUUGAUGGGCACAAUUGGAUGUACCCGGUUGCUAUAGGGGUCAUUGAUUCUGAAACCAAUGAAAACUGGAUUUGGUUCAUGGAGAGGCUUAAGGAAGCUAUAGGUACCCCACCUGGUUUAACCUUUUGCACAGAUUGUGGUCAGGCAGUCAUGGCAGGAGUAAGUGAGGUUUUUCCAAAUGCAGAGCAUAGAGAGUGCAUGUGGCACUUGGUGCAGAAUUUUAAGAAAAGGUAUAGUGGAAAAGUGUUUGAUGAGCAUUUGUGGGCUUCUGCUUAUUCUUGGAAUUCAUAUAUGUUCGACAAGCAUAUCCAAGCUAUGGCUGCAGAAAGUCCGGCAGCAAUAUUGUACUUGCAGCAAAACCAUACAAAACUAUGGACAAGAAGCCAAUACUCUACAAUACCAAAAAUUGACUAUGUGACAAAUAAUUUAGCAGAAAGCUUCAACAAUUGGGUAAAAAAUGACAAGGGGAUGCAUCUAGAUGACUUCAUGGAUACUAUAAGACAGAAGCUCCUAAUCAAGUGGAACCAGAGAAAAAAAAUUGCACAGAUGUUGGAAGGUAAAAUGUUGCCACACAUCAUAACUAAGUUAAAGGAACAAAGCAGGAACCUUGACAUUGAUGUUGUCACUAGCUCACCUGAUGGGAUUGCAGAGGUUACAGCAAGGGAAGGUUCUAGUUACAGGUUCGUUGUAAACCUAAAGGAAAGGACAUGUUCAUGCAGGGCAUGGGAAGUUUCUGGAUUACCAUGCAAGCAUGCAAUUGCUUUUAUCACCUCUAUACCUGGAGAGAAGAUAGAAGAUCAUGUGGACAACUACUACUCGAUACAGAUGUUUAGGGCUGCCUAUGAAGGUAAAAUCCCUUCUUUACCAGACAAGUCCAUGUGGCCCAAAUCAGAACAUGGUUUCUUUAUGCAUCCUCCAUUAUUGAAGUCGACAGCUGGUAGGAGAAGGCAAAAUAGAUACAAGGCAGCAGUAGAGGGUGGUAGCAAAGGAGCUAAGGGUAGGCAUCAGUGUCCAAUCUGUCAGCAGUAUGGACAUCAUUGGUACACUUGUAAAGAUGGUGACCCAAACGACAUAGCUGCAAUGCUUGCGGAAAGAGGUCCACCUAAAAAGAAGAAAAAGAAGGCAGCUCCAGCCAAUACUGAGACCAGUAUUGUGCUUGCAGCACCUGCACAAAGGAUGUACUUUCCAUUUGUACAUGCUGUUGUUGAUCUAUCAAAGAAAAGAAAGAACAAAUCAUCCUCAUCAACUGGUGCAAAGAAACAAAAGAGUAGUUCAGCUGCUGAGGCUAGUGACCCUUCCGUGAGAGGGUCCGCAACAGGUUCAAAUCAGCAAGAUCUUUUGUUGAUUACAUAUCCAUCUGGAUCAAGUAAGCAGCACAUAGAUGAUAAGAGCACACGUCAGCAACAACACAAGAAGAAGAGGGCCAUUAAAAAAAUAACUCCAAGCAAGGCUAGUCCAGCCAUGUCAACACGCAGCAAGGUCCCUAGUUCCCCUUCUAGUCCAGCCAUGGGAACUAGAAGCAAGAAAAAACUUGAUCUGACUUGA